AUGGACAUUCGUGGCAAUGUGCACCGUUUUGUAAAAUUUUAUAUCGACGGCUGGAAGCACUUUCGAGAUCCUACAAUGGAGUCCAGCUACUCCGCAGUUUACUAUUGGAGAGAGCAGAUGAAAGCAAUGUUCUUAUAUACAACCUCAAAAGAACGUCAAAUGCCCUAUCGUUCCUCUUGGCACACUUUGGUUAUCAUUCAAGCAACCGUGUGUUUUUUAACAAUGUGCUAUGGAGUUACCGAAUCGUUAGGAGACAAGGUUCAAAUGGGUCGGGAUAUUGCUUUUAUCAUUGGGUUCUUCUAUAUUGCUUUUAAAAUAUACUAUUUCCAAUGGUAUGGCGAUGAACUUGACGAGGUUGUUGAAGCUCUGGAGACAUUUCAUCCUUGGGCACAAAAAGGUCCUGGUGCAGUGGAUUAUAGAACUGCCAAACGCUGGUAUUUCACGUUGGCAUUUUUUUUAGCUUCAUCUUGGCUGGUGUUCCUGUGUAUUUUUAUAUUGCUGCUCAUAACAUCACCGCUGUGGGUUCAUCAGCAGAUCCUUCCUCUUCAUGCGGCUUUUCCAUUCCAAUGGCACGAAAAGUCGAUUCACCCCAUCAGCCACGCAUUUAUCUAUUUGUUUCAGACUUGGAAUGUAAUGUAUUUUCUGACUUGGCUUGUGUGCAUUGAAGGACUCUCUGUAUCUAUUUACGUGGAAAUAACAUUUGCCAUCGAAGUUCUAUGCCUCGAACUGCGUCACCUUCAUCAGAGGUGCCAUGGAUAUGAGCAGUUGAGAUUGGAGACGAAUCGCCUGGUCCAGUUCCAUCAGAAGAUUGUUCACAUCUUAGAUCACACUAACAAAGUUUUUCAUGGAACCCUCAUAAUGCAAAUGGGGGUUAACUUUUUCCUGGUGUCCCUAUCGGUUCUAGAGGCCAUGGAGGCAAGAAAAGACCCCAAGGUGGUGGCCCAGUUUGCCGUCCUCAUGCUGCUAGCCUUGGGACAUCUAUCCAUGUGGUCGUAUUUUGGAGACCUGUUAUCGCAGAAAUCCUUGACAAUUUCAGAGGCUGCUUAUGAGGCGUAUGAUCCCAUCAAAGGAUCCAAGGAUGUUUAUAGAGACCUCUGCCUAAUAAUUCGGCGUGGCCAGGAGCCUCUGAUUAUGAGAGCCAGCCCCUUUCCGUCCUUUAAUUUCAUAAACUACAGCGCUAUACUUAACCAAUGCUAUGGAAUCUUGACAUUUCUGCUAAAGACAUUAGACUGA